UUAGUUGGGCAUAAGAUCCUAAUACAUGUUGCUGGAAUCGUGACAUUGACUCUACUGUUUAACGCUACCACUAUUGAGCCUUUGUUAAAAUUGUUAGGUAUGAGUGAUAUUUCACAUAUUACACGAGGUAAUAUGGCUAUUGCUGUACAACAUUUGAAGGAAGUGAGAGAAAAUUCAUUACACGCUCAGAGAAAUGCACCGCUUGUUGCUGAUGCCGACUGGAAGUUUAUUGAGAAGUUUACGAUUAUCGAAGAUCCUUAUGGAAGAGUUACUAAGAAGGACGAGGAUAAUAUGACCUUUAUUCCUUUGAGACAAAGUACGUGUCCAGAUUGUAAUAGUUCUCACGCUGUAGAGCCUAGUCCUAAAGAACUUGAAGAAAUGAGUAAAGAAGCCAAUUUGAGAAUGUUAGCUGCUCAGAAAGUGAGUUAUUGGAGACAGUUCAAUCAUGGUUUAUUAGGACAAGACACAGUUCUUGCUCUUGUUGGAGCUGCUGAUGAUGCUGCUGAUAGAGGAGGGCAUUUAUCCGUAGAAAUUUAAGAUAUCAUUGGCAAAUUAGUGGCAUAUAUACCUGUUUGAUUAAACUCUUAAGACAUCGCAUUACACCCCGAAAUCAAACGCAAUCCGAAAGAAAGCAUAUAAAGGAAUAUCACAGACAUCUUAAUAAAUUGGUGACAAGUCAUAUCUUUCAGACAUUUGUGUAUUUGGUUCUAUUCGUUGAUGUUAUCCUGAUAAUUACGGAAAUAAUAUCGUAUGCCAAUCCACAAAGUGUUAGAUAUGGUUUAGGAAUAAGUGGAUUAAUAUUUAUUAACUGUUGUUUCGUUGUAUUUUAUGUCUUCGACAUGGUCUUGAAGGUUAUCGGUUUAGGAUUUUUGAACUAUUGGAACAACCAUUGGAACAAACUCGAUUUUAUAAUAUUAAUUCUUCAAUUAGCCGAUAUGUUCAUAGAUAUAUGUUUCCACUACUGUCAACGAUAUGACACUCGUCCCACGACUUACCUUAUUGUAUCAAGAAGUUUUAGACUCAUUAGGAUCACAAGAAUAUUUAGAAUAUUCAAGUGUUUGAUAACUUGCCUUGCUAACUUCGUGGACGGUCGUAUUAACGUGCAAUUUUACGCUGGGUUUGAUAUAUGUUGUGGGUUUUUAAUCGGCCAAGAAGAAGUAAUGAAAGUGUUAGACUCCAUAUCUAGCUAUCCACCCAUUACUAAUCAGUUGAAGAAGAUUUGUGAAGAAACUAGACUGCAAAUUUUAAAAGAACUUUCUCAACUGCAAGGAGAACAUCCGGGUGUUGCUGUUGCUGUUAAAACUCGUCAUGCUUCUCGACAGACUCUUAAUGAUCUAGGAACGGAAUUAAACGGAUUAAAAGAAUUGGGACUUCUAGAAGAUGGCGUUUACAUUAAAUUAAAUU